AUGAAGCGCUACUUCAUUGCUCGACGAGUGACUUCAUUGCGUUCAUCAAUUCUAUGGCAAACAACGUGUCAGAACUCGACACUAGCGACGUCGAUUCCGUCUAGUCAACACAUACUACACGCCAUUUACAAACAGCACGCGGAUAAUGGCGACGUGACGUACGACCCGAUUCAAGUAUGUGCGAUACAUCAUUUGGACGCUUUAUACGACCAAGUAUUACAAUAUGGAGGUCCAAGGACCAAAUUGACCAAUGAGAAGAAAGGAUCAUGGUGGCAGAAAUUAAUUGGGAACGAGAAUUGUAAGACUGAACGAGUGAUUGCACCGAAAGGACUUUAUCUAUAUGGUGGUGUCGGUUGUGGGAAAACGUACGUGAUGGACAUGUUUUUUGAUCUGGUGCCAGUGGAAAAGAAACUUCGUGUCCAUUUUCAUGAAUUUAUGUUGGAUAUUCACAAAAAAAUGCACACAUUACGACGUGAAGGUCUUCAUGGAGAUCCAAUUCCACAUAUUGCUGAUCAAUUGUUAAAGAAAAGUUGGUUACUUUGUUUUGAUGAAUUUCAAGUGACAGACGUGGCUGAUGCAUUGAUUUUAAGGAGACUUUUUUCAGCAUUACUAAACAGAGGAUUUGUGAUGGUUGCAACGUCGAAUCGACCACCUCGUGAUUUGUACAAGAACGGAUUACAGCGAGAGUUGUUUGUACCGUUUAUUGACAUGCUUACACAACGGUGUAAUGUCGUGUCACUGGAAGAAUCAACUACGGACUAUCGAGUGCUGAAGAGUGCUACGCAAGCUGCUAAUGUAUACGAGUGUACGAUCACGGAGGACACGCGUGCGGCAUUUGACGAUGAAUUUAUGGCCUACUGCGGUGGGGAAGAGACGGUGACGCAUUAUGUUAUGAUGCAAGGACGUAAAGUACACAUUCCAGAGGCUGCAGUGAAAGCUGGCGUGUGUCGUUUUUCGUUCAGUGAUCUGUGCGAUCAACCGCUAGGAGCAGCAGAUUACUUGGCGAUUGCUGAUUUCUUCUCGGUUGUGUUUGUGAGCGACAUUCCGUUGCUUCAUGCUGAGCGACUCAAUCAGGUGCGGCGAUUUAUCACAUUCGUCGACUGUAUGUACGACCGAGGUGUGCGGUUACAUUGCCUUGCACCGGAAAGCCCCGAACAUCUCUACCAAGUUGACGCUGGCAUGAAGGCGCACGUUGACGAGGUUUUUGCGUUUGAUCGCACGGUUUCUCGCUUGCUCGAGAUGGGAAGUGAAACGUAUUUGCUGGCACAUAGCGAUCGGCAGAACGAGCUGCGCGUUGAACCUCGUGAGGACUUAUUCCUAGCUCCUGACACCGUCGGAAGUGUUAACGAGCAUGAGGACAGCGCAGAAGAGGAUGAGAAUUUUGAAGAAGCUGCCAGUGCGGGAAAGUAA